CGAUUCAGCCUCCAAUCAGUGACAUAUGAGAUGUAAUAAGGUGAAGUGUUGACACACUUUCUUCUUCCUCCUCCUCCUCCUCCUUCCUCCUGUUCCUCCCCCGGAGCUCCGCCUCUGGCAGAAUCCGCACACCUGAACGACGCAGCAGCCGCAGGUCGAAGGUAAAGAGGGGUGAAGGGAGCUCAGUGUCAACAACGGUGUGAAGAAGAAGCGGAGUGAGCGGAGGAGGUGACGGAGCUGUAAGGUGGAGCCGCCCGGGGUCUGAAAGUGACAUUCUUGCUGUGCGGUUGAACACAAACCGGCAGCAUGGGUGAGGCACCAGUGAGAGAAGAUGUUGCAGUGACACGAUCGGCAGAGUAUGUGGGUUCAUUUCUCGUGGAUGACCGUUGUUUGGAUGAGCAGAUAGAACAGCUGCACGCUCAGCUGAGGCUCCUCACGACAAGCAAGAGACGACGACCCGUGUCCCUAAAAUUCUCCAUCAAAGGUGUGAAAAUGUACAAUGAGGAUGAAACGACCCUCCUGAUGGCUCAUGCCCUACGUAGAGUCUCUCUGUCCACCGCCCGGCCCGUUGAUUCCCAGUUUGCCUUUGUCUCCCACAACCCAGGCAGCACUGAUGCACAACUGUACUGCCACGUUUUCCAAGCCAGGCAUGCCAGAGCGGCCCAGUUCCUGAACCUGCUGCUGUGUCGCUGUUUCCAGUUGUCAUAUUUGGAGAAGCAUCCAGAGGAGGCACAGGGUGAAUCUGUUGGUUCACUGCCUCGUCGCAACCCUUCAUUGCUCAACCACGGUUUCCCCCUCAGUGUCAGUGCACUGGUGUCCUUCAGGAGAGCUCCUUUUCAAGGGCUGUUGCCAGGUCAUAAGAAACACCACAAAUCUUUCAACAACUCACACAGCAGGCGGGACGAUGUGUUCCCCACUUCCUCCCCAUCUCUGGUACGAAAGAAAGCUAUCCGCACAAAAGCUCUGACCUCUGGGGCAUACCGCUCCUUCACCUUCACACCAGUCAAACAGCGCAUUGUUCAGGAGCGGCUGAAUGCAUCUCAAGAAAAGGUAGAAAACAAGACACCGGUGAGGAGAUCUCGCACUCCAAGCCUGGCCGAAACAGAAGAAGCACUGGCUCAAGCGGUGUGGUGUUGGGCUGGUAUCGCAACUGAUAGCAGCUACUCCUUGCUGGCAGAUGAUGUUCUGGGUUCUUACCUCCUGUGCCCUCAUCCUAAAAAACCCAAAUGUGGCUCUCUCAUCAUUCGCUUCCCCUCUGGCUUGACAACCCACCUCAUUGAAAACACUCAUGCAGGAAAAUUCUUGCUGGAGAAAUGCAAGAGCGAGUUCAAUUCCAUGGCAGAACUGAUUGAGUACUACACAGAGACCCAGGACGAGCUGUCUUGCCUCCUGAGCUGUGCCCGAGUGAACCACUGUUACGAGUGGGAGGAGAACACCAGCAAACGACAGUCUGUGAAGCUGUUCAAGAGCCCCAGCAAAGCCAAAAUAAAAAAGACUUCCAGAAAGAGAUGGUUUCACUAGGACACAUGGAUUGCCAACCCUGUGAGGAUAAGUUGUACAUUUCUUUUUCUUUUGCACUUAUAUUAUGUCGUUUCUGACUUUAAAACACAUGCGGUUUUGUGGGGAUGCUUCGGAUUUUAAUGUAGCUGCUCAGUCUGUGUCAUCACUCAGAGCAGAGAGUGAUUGUAUAGUGGACUUGUCUUUGUCUUGGUCUUGUCCUCUGCACAGGUCCAGUCUUUGUCUCGUUAGUGUGAUCUUGGUUUCAACACUAUUUAAAGUGAUGGUUUAAGUUUUCUGAAGUGUGGAUGUAUGAGGUUGGGACUCGUAAUGUAGUCUGAGCUGAUUGCGCUCUGCCCUUCACUAGUAAUGCAGCAGUGUCACUCUCAGGGAAAACAUGGCUGUUAACAGUGAUACAAGGAAAGAUAGAUUUUAGCCACUUAACAACAACUACACACGAUUUACUCUCCAAUAUUAUUGAAAUUUGUAAACUGCUCACUUUCCCGAGAAAAAACUACAUGACAGUAUUUCAUUCAACCAUCCUUCAGAAAACCUGAAUUAUCCCUUUACUGUAUAUAGAGUAAUCAUGUCAUCUCAUGGAAGGUUACUAACUUGUCAACGGUGUAAUAUUUUGUGCUUGCUGCUUUCAUGUCUUUCACUAUAUAUUUUUAAAAAGUAUUUUUUAUAUGUGCCUCAAACGGGCGUCGGGAGAUUAUCCUUGUUUUUAUGACGUGGAAUUGAUAACUUCAGAUUUUAGUGUUACUGAUUACUCGGAUUGUUGCACUUGAUGCCUAUUUUUUUUCAUGCAUUUGAUCAAACUUUGUUGUUUCAAGCUACUCCUGUCAUGCUUAUGUAAUUUUGUGUCCUGUGUUAAGACGUUGGACCCCGCAGCACGUGUACAAUACACAUAAUGUUUUGGGUUUUUUUAACCAUAGAGUUUAUAACUGCACUUAUGUCAUGGCCACCAAAAGGAGAAAAAAGGAAGGUUGAAAUGGUUAAAUUGACCCUAAUUGGUGGUGAUUUUAACUGCUGUUUAAUUUACCUUAAACACUGUAAACACAUUUUUACUUUUCUCUGGGUUCCCACAUGUCCAAAAA